AUGCUGGUCACCGUGUACUGCGUGCGGAGGGACCUCUCCGAGGCCACCUUCUCCCUGCAGGUCAGCUCCGACUUACAGCUGCACAACUUCCGCCUGCUGUGUGAGCUGGAGUCCGGGAUCCCGGCCACAGAGACCCAGAUCUUCUUCCUGGAGCGAAUCCUCUGUGAUGAGCACAGUUCCCUGGGCUCCUACGGCAUCAAGGACGGUGAUGUCAUCGUCCUGCUUCAGAAGGAGAACGUGGGCUCCCGUCGGGGAUUGAGCCUGCCUCAGCUGGAGCUGGGCGGGGUGGCCGAGCCCGGCACGUCCAGCACCCGUCAGCACCACGUGGCCCAGCAGCCCCGCCAACCAUCGGCCCUGCGUUCUCACAGCCUGGGCUCGGGAGAGAAGACUUCAUCCUUCGGGGACAUGGACAACCCUGCCCUCAUCCGCAGCAUGCUGCUGUCCAGUCCCCACGACCUGUCCCUCCUGAAGGAGCGCAACCCGGUGCUGGCCGAUGCCCUGCUCAGCGGCAGCCUGGAGGCCUUCUCGCAGGUGCUGCGGGAACAGCAGCGGGAAAGGGCCCUGAGAGAGCAGGAGCGACUGCGCCUCUACUCGGCCGACCCGUUCGAUCUAGACGCUCAGGCCAGGAUCGAGGAGGAAAUCCGGCAGCAGAACAUCGAGGAGAACAUGCACAUGGCCAUGGAGGAGGCUCCCGAGAGCUUUGGGCAGGUGGCCAUGCUCUACAUCAACUGCAAGGUCAAUGGCCAUGCCCUCAAGGCCUUCGUGGACUCCGGAGCCCAGAUGACCAUCAUGAGCAAAGCCUGCGCCGAGCGCUGCAACAUCAUGCGGCUGGUGGACAGCCGCUGGGCCGGCAUCGCCAAGGGGGUGGGCACGCAGAGGAUCAUUGGCCGGGUCCACCUGGCGCAGAUCCAAAUCGAGGGGGAUUUCCUGCAGUGCUCCUUGGUCAUCCUGGGCGAGCAGCCCAUGGACAUGCUCCUUGGCCUUGAUAUGCUCAGGAGACACCAGUGCUCCAUUGACCUGAGGAGAAACGUGCUGGUGAUUGGCACCACGGGCACAGAGACCUACUUCCUUUCCGAGGGGGAACUACCUUCUUGCGCUCGGCUGGUGACUGGGUAUGGGCAGGAUGAGGUGUCCGAAAGGGACAGAACAAAUUCUAUUAAACAGUCCAGGAAAGAUUCGGGGCGAAAAAGGCAUUGA